UUUCUACUCUCGUAUCCACAGCUCUCUCUUCACUUUGUUUUUAGGUAUUCUUCUUAUUAUUAAUCGGGAAAUAAUGGCAGAUGCUGAAUACAGGUGCUUCGUCGGUGGGCUAGCAUGGGCUACCACCGACCAAACACUUGGGGAUGCUUUUUCUCAGUACGGUGAAAUUGUCGACUCGAAGAUUAUCAAUGACAGAGAAACUGGUAGAUCUAGAGGAUUUGGAUUUGUUACCUUCAAGGAUGAGCAAGCUAUGAGGGACGCUAUUGAAGGGAUGAACGGUCAGGACCUUGACGGUCGUAACAUCACCGUCAACGAAGCCCAGUCUCGCGGAAGCGGCGGAGGCGGCGGUCGCGGUGGUGGCGGUGGAGGCUACGGAGGUGGUGGAGGCUACGGAGGUGGUGGCCGCCGUGAAGGUGGAUACGGUGGCGGCGGUGGCGGUUACGGAGGUGGCCGCCGUGAUGGUGGUUACGGUGGUGGUGGAGGUUAUGGAGGUGGCCGUCGUGAAGGUGGUUACGGUGGUGGCUCUGAAGGAAGCUGGAGGAGUUAAAUUUUCCGUUGCCUUCAGAUCUUUUGUUUGAAAUUUAUGGUUCUAAGUUUUGUUGAAGUUCCGUUAUGGUUUACUGUUGUUCCUGUUACUGUCCUCGUUUUUGACCGCGAGAUUGUUACCGUGAUGUUACCUUUGUGGAUCUGUAUUUACGAAGUUAUCUGGAAUUAAGUGAAUUUAGAUUUACAGUCUACAAUUGCAUA